GAGCAGCUCAGUCCGAGAACACACGCGCAGCAACUUGGCGGCGCGAGCGCAAAAGAUUGCGAGAGAGAGAGAGAGAGAGAGAGAGAGAGUGUGAGUGUGUGUGUGUACGUGUGUACGCGUGUAUGCGCGCGACCUCAAACUGCACCUGCAGAUCCAUGCACUGAGGUUGCUUUUCGGACGGUUUUGUUUGUUGUUUUUGUUUUUCUGGAGCUUUCGUUUCCUUUGGAGAGAAGGAGCAGAAGUUUUUCAGCCGGACUGAGCUCGCGCUGUUGGGGCAGGAAGGGGGGCCGAGGAUCGGCAGGAAUGUCCCAGAAGCAGAGACCCGUUUUCUACCGACAGGAGCUUAAUAAAACCAUCUGGGAGGUGCCUGAGAGGUACCAGAACCUCGCUCCGGUCGGUUCGGGCGCUUAUGGAUCCGUGUGCUCGGCGUAUGACGUAAAGACGGGCCUGAAGGUCGCUGUGAAGAAGCUGUCGCGACCUUUCCAGUCCAUCAUCCACGCCAAGCGCACCUACAGAGAGCUGCGGCUGCUCAAGCACAUGAAGCACGAGAACGUGAUUGGCCUGUUGGAUGUGUUCACUCCUGCCACCACUCUUGAGGAAUUUACAGAUGUGUACCUGGUGACUCAUCUAAUGGGCGCUGACCUCAAUAACAUCGUCAAAUGCCAGAAGCUAACAGACGACCAUGUGCAGUUCCUUAUUUAUCAAAUUUUGCGUGGCCUAAAGUACAUUCAUUCAGCAGACAUCAUCCACAGAGACCUGAAGCCCAGUAACCUAGCCGUGAAUGAAGACUGUGAGCUUAAGAUCCUGGACUUUGGCCUGGCGAGACAUACAGACGACGAGAUGACGGGAUAUGUGGCGACGCGAUGGUAUCGUGCUCCUGAGAUCAUGCUCAACUGGAUGCACUACAACAUGACAGUGGACAUCUGGUCUGUGGGCUGCAUCAUGGCCGAGCUUCUCACUGGACGGACUCUGUUUCCUGGCACUGAUCAUAUUGAUCAAUUGAAGCUUAUCAUGCUGCUCGUCGGAACCCCAGGGCCCGAGCUAUUGAUGAAAAUAUCUUCAGAGUCUGCCAGAAACUACAUCAAUUCUUUGCCGCACAUGCCAAAGAGGGACUUUGCUGAUGUGUUCAUUGGCGCCAACCCAUUAGCUGUGGACCUACUGGAGAAAAUGCUGGUUUUGGACACGGAUACGCGUAUCACGGCCUCCGAGGCGCUUGCCCAUUCAUACUUUGCACAGUACCACGACCCGGACGAUGAGCCCGAAGCCGAGCCGUACGACCAGAGCUUCGAAAGCCGAGAGCUGGACAUUGAGGAGUGGAAAAGGCUGACGUACGAGGAAGUCCUGAGUUUCGAGCCACCCAUGUUUGAUGGAGAUGAGAUGGAGUCAUGAGUCUAUCCUUCCUUGCCUCCCAGGGCGACAGAAGCUGCCUCAUAAUCACAUCAAGAAAAUCAUACACAUGCACAGUGUGACAUUAAAGGAACAGUCUGACCCAAAAAAACAAAGCAAAAAAAACAACGCUCCUUAAAUUAGCGUCAUGCAAAUAAACCCGUGCUAAUUGGAGGCCUUCGGGUUCUGUUAGUGGUUCAGCGUAGUCACACUGCUCCUUUAAAGUACCUGUGCUAUUAUUCAGUCCUGGCUUCCUGAUUAUCAGAGACUAUUUACAGGUGGAGGAAAAAGACACACACGUGCACACUUCUCCACGAUGGACACUGAGAAUGUAGAGUAUUACUGAGUAAUAUUUUUCUCUAUUGCUGUCAUUGCUUAUGUUUCUUCCUGUCUGUUUGCCUUUUAUAAACAGCAUUUUAAAAACAAUAGUAGAAUUUUCAUGAGAAAUAUUAUUUAAAUUAAGAAGAGGGAUUGGCAGUUGUAUCUGUCAAUGUUUUUGGCCCUGUAGAUGAAUUCACAACAGUAUGGUUCCCUCUGACAGCCGGUACAGUCACAAUGGCGUUCUUAAAUGAGACUCAUUAGUGUUUUUAGAGCUGUAAAUAAAUAACACUUGUAAAUAAAUGUGAUCAUGCAGGUGCAUUAGUUUUUAAGAAGUUUCGUCAGCCCUCGUUUAUCCGUUGAAGGAGUCGUGAAUCGAAUCGUUCAAUUGAAGUGAAUGAGAAAUCAUGACGUCCUAACGUCACAUGGGUUUUGCAGGAUGAGCGCAUUAACACUUUUUUUUUUUUUUUUUUUAAUCUCUGAAGCUUAAAAUUAAUUCAGUAUCUGAAUCUUCAGGGACAGCAGAUGAUUUUUCUUGGGGUACAAUCUUUCCAAUAUGUGUUUAUUGCUCUUCCAAACUUUAGAAAAGACAUCUUUUAGUAGUGCUCAGAAUAAGCAGAAGAAUGUCUUCACUUUCUUAUACACAGGAUGAUCGUAGGAUUUUGAUAAUUAGAAAUAUGACAUUUUUUGAGAAGCAUCGUUUUUUUUGUUUUUUUUUUUGCGCUAACUUUUGAUGAAUUGUACACAUGACUGCUUGUCUUACAGCGUGGCUCUUUGGCCUACUGUUGUUUUUGUGCUAUAUCUUAUUAUUUAUAUCAUUCUACACAAUGUAUUUAAACAGGCCUCUUCUCAGUCAGUCGAAUGAAUUACUUACACUGUGUGAAUUGUUAAGGAAAUCAUAGCCGAUUGCUUCUAUAUGAUCACAUCUCUGAUGAUGAUCAUCCUCCAUCAGGAUCCGUUUAUUCCCCUUCCACAACUUCUGAUUCUCAUUUGCUGGUAUUUUGAACAGGUCUCGUUGCUGCUCGAGACUGUGCCGAUCUGAGCCAAAUUCUGAGUGUGAUCCCAUUUGUAGCACAGACGACCAACUCCAGUAAUGUGGGUACAUCCCAAACCCUUCUGAUCUAAAUAGAAGAAGCUAAACAAACCUGCAUACAUACAAGUGGCAUACGAUUUUAAAAUAUUCCAGUUAAUGGGGUUUGGGACACAGACUUUCUUUCUUUUUUUUUUUUUUUUUUUUUAAACACAAUAAACCAUGCCAGCAUCUAACUUAUUAUAUUAGAAAUAUUUGUUAAGAUUAUUUUGUGUUUUUCCAUGUAUAAUAUUAAUUUCAUUUUGCAAUAUAUUGUUUUAAGCAUGAUUUAGCAAUGUGUGAGGGAAUGUAAGGCUGUUUUUGUAUGUUUACAAUAAUUCGGUUAAAAAAAAUAAAUAAUCAGAAAAGUGAAAAGUCAGUCAUACACCGGGUUUUUCAUAACCGUGUUGCUUUCAUGUGGUCUGUUUGUAAUACAAAGGAAAGGCACUUAAAAUCAUUUUACACCACUUGGUUCAUUCAUCAGUGCAAACAGCUGACAACCUGUAAACCACUGGUUAGUCUAAUAAAGGAAAUUAUUAUUUUUCAGCA